UGAAUAGGGAUGUCAAAAGAUAAGAAUUUUUUUCGCGUUUCUUGUUUUUCUGAAAAUUAGAUUACGGCGAGGGGCUUUUUCCUCCGUAAUUGGAUUAUAGCUCCGUGGUGCACCUGGAAAACCGUGGACGACCGCAAAUCGCCAAGCACAUGUAGCAGCGAUCGCGGAAGCAAAGGUUAUUGCGUGCGUUUUGGUUCGCGAUCCAGAUUGCCGUUGUGUGGGUCGAAGAAUGUUUUGAGUGAUCGCGAGGGGCGCCGCGAGAAGAGGGUAUGACGUGGUACUACCGUUACGGGCUCCGACCUCCUCCAAGACCAAGACGAAUGAAAGAAGUCCCAUAUGCCUACACUAACACAAGGUCCACCGUCAGCAGAGGAUUGCGGCAGCAGAAGCAGCAGCUGUACUAUCAUCAACUCCCCUCAGCCUACCGCGGCAAGACGAUCGAACCGUACUUCUCUUCCCGCCGGAUCAGAACCAUCCACGGGCAGCAACCAACAGCAGCAACCGCGACCACAGCAGCAGCAGAAUCCAGUUACACGACGGCACCAAUUAGGUGCCACCUCGAUAUUUUCGCGUCGACGGCGGCUGCCAGGAACAGUUGGCGAUGACACCGCGGAGGGACGGGUGGGUUGCGAGGGAGGUGUGAUCGCACCAGUGCCGGAUAAGCCGCGGGAGGACGAUGUCCACGUGGCAUCGACGAUCACGCCGGCAAGCAGCAGUAGAAGUAGUAGUGGAUCAGUUCCGAACAGUGCCGAGUUAAGUGUUGUGGACGGUAGAACGCGCCGCUACAGCCGUAUCAGUAUGAUCAUAAUUUAUGGGCGCGAGGCGCUCUGCAUUCUCGCCCUGCUGCUUACCACGUACGCCACCAUCCAGAACACACCGCCCAAGAUAGCGAAAGCGCCUCCACCGGUUCCGUUCUUCUCCAAGGGUUCUUUCGUGUCCGAUUGGCCUACGGGGUCACUCGGUACGACGCAAACGCGCGUUUCGGUGUCGGAGCUAUCGUUUGUGUUCUACUACGCGCCAUGGUGCGCCGAAAGCCAGUUUGCCCGUGAAGCGUACGAAGCCGUAGCACGCUUGUAUCAUCGCGAGGCCCACUUUGCCGCGGUGAAUUGCUGGCAGCCGGGUGGAGAAUGUCGGCAGCGCUACUCCAAAGUCCAAUCUUGGCCGGUUCUGAUGGCUUACCAACCGAACGGAGUGGCCAUCCAGUACAACCAGGCGUUCGUGACGUCACAGCUAACACGGUUCGUCAUAUCGUUGAUGAUGCCCCUGGAGCGGUUCGUCAAACCUGCCGAUCUAAUGGAGCGAAUGACUGGAAAGGAUGCUGUGAUCGUUGCUUACGUGGAUAUGACGAGUGAAACCAAAUUCUACCAACGCUACUAUCAGGCCGCUCUGAAGUGGCUCGAGAAGGACCCAUUCCAGGAAGUACCGUUCGGUGUCGUUACGGGACAGUCUGCCUCGUUGUUUGGUGUAGAGACGGUACCUUCCAUUCGGCUGUACCUUUGGAAUGAGACCAUUGAGUACAUUGGCAAAGAAACGUGGACACCGCAAGAUAUGGUUACUUGGAUCCACAAGCAGCUGCAGGUGGUCGCGAUGUGGAUCGCUCCACCGGGGUCUACCAAAUCGGCAACAAUUGCACCGGGUCUGAAGCAAGGCCCCGUACUGUUCCUGUUUACGCCACGCUCACUGUAUACCGAGUUCGACGACAGUACGGAUGCGUACAUGAUGCUGCGACAACUCAGCAUGCAGUAUUACAACUGUGCCGAAGACAACUGGGUACAGGAAAUGGCUCGAGAGUACAUCGCCGAUCAGCGAGUGCUGGGCUCCGAGCGGUUCUUUUACAAGCAACAAGAAUGUGAACGCAUUCUCGGUCGUCAUCCGUCACAGGAAGACGACACGGAUCCAUCGAGCAUGGGCCGAGGUCGUCGUGAAGCAUUCAAAUCAACCGUUUCCGUUUCGUUCGUUAACGUGCUCAAUUCCUCAAAGUUUGUCGAUGGGCGCAAACACGGUGGCAAAGGGGACCGUUCCGAUGGUUACUGUGAAGCUGCGCCGGCUCCUCACUGCGACGAUGGUAGCUGUCCGGAUAGCUGCGGUACGUUCGGUCCGGAACGUAAACCUUCCCUACGCUGGAGUGGCCAACAAAGGGAAGAAGAACAAGACGAAUGCCUUCGCAAAAUGCCUAGCACACAAUCGGAAUCGGUACCAUCGUCACGAAUUGACGCGACACACGACUAUCGGGGGCCACACUUGCUCUCCAAACAGUACCUACGGCGGCAGUGUGAGUUGAUGCGAUUAGCGGAGAGCGACGGAACGUACCGAUUCUUCCCGGACGCUGGUGAGCGGAAUGAAACGAACGCAGUGCUUGAUACGAUCAGCGGGAUGGCCUGCAAACACAACAAAACACUUUCCUUCUUCAGCAUGGACAGCACACUGUACCAUGCAUUCGCCGAGCGACUCGGUGUCGAUGUGCUGCGGGAACCGAACCGAACCGUUGCCUUCAUUGUUGAUCCGGAAGCGGAAUCGACGUACGCACUGCGCGCACCCAUCAAUCUGGGUUCACUGACGGGUUUCGUACAUGGUUACUACAAUCGCAGUUGGCCACGCUUUCUUCGAUCCGGUAGCACCAGCUACGCUCACACGCAUCGCUUUAACGUGACGGAGUUCAAGCAGCAAGAUGAGCGUCUACUUGCCGAACACCGGGCUCGAUUGCUUAAGCAGAAGGCCGAAGCCAAAAAAAAGGUUAAAUCCACGGAUACGAAUGGUGGGGCUGCUCAACCGGAAGCUACGAAACCAUUAGAUGUUGUACCGGGAGCCUUUGCACCUCGGGAGUAUCAUUCCAUUCGGGAAAUCUAUUCCGCCAACUUCCAGCGGGUUGUACUGGAGUCGAACCGCACCGUAGUGGUCAACUUCUACUCAGCUCACUGUGCCUUCUGCACCAUAAUGUCCAACUACCUGCUACGGGUUUCGCGGUUACUACGCCAUCAGCCCUUACUGGAGUUUGUGCGCAUUGAUGGCGAUCGAAACGAUCUCGGAUGGGAGUAUUCGAUGGAACUGUUCCCUUCACUCAUCAUCUUCCCCAAUGGAAGGAAAGAGGAUAGCCGUAUCUUCCCGCAUACUGAGCAGGUCACUAUGGCGAACCUGCUCGGUUUUAUCCGCUCCAAUCUUAGCCCGACCGAGCGGCUACAUGCCACCUUCUUGCUGUGCAGUACGGCCAAUGAAGCAUCUCGUACCGACUGCCUGAUGAUGUUGCAGACUGAACUAGGCGCUAGUAUUCGGGCGGGAUUGCGUGAUUGGCGCCGGCAACCAUGUGCCCGGGAGCGAAUUCUGCGCCGAUUACAGCUCCUGAAACACUCCUACCUGGACACACUACGCUGUCUAAGUCAUUCCUGUGAUCUGAAUCGAUUGACGAGCAGCAGGAAGACAAUCCUGCAGCUUUGGCCAACCGAAGCACCAUACGACCCUCGGAACACAUGCGGCGCGGCGUGAAAUUAACAAGCUGCGGUCCAUGCAGAACGCGAAUGGUGCUCCCAGAAACAUAUAGUUGCAAUACCGUCGAAAGCGUUAAGGAAUGCUUUCACGUCUAAACGAGCGCAUCGCUGCAGCUUAGGAUUUUACAGUUUUAAAUCGACUACUCUUGAUAAGGCUGUUGUUUCGACUCCUCCGCUUUGAUUGCUAUCCAAGGAACGUUGGAUGGAAUGUAUUAUGUUCUCCACUGAUCGUACCAACGAUCAUAAUUGUUAACGAACGGUCCCAUAAAUGGUCGGUAUCCGUUCUUUUCGCUGUAAGAACUAGAAAUGAAUUGAUAUUAACAACCGAUACAUCUAACGCGAGAAAUAUGCCUUGUAGAUCUAUGGUGCGAUUAGUAAUCGAGGCUCAAUCAGCAAGCAAUAGCAUCAAAUCCGGCUGAAAAUCCGUAUCGGCUUCAAGCAGAAUGUACAUAGUCUCGCUGUGGUAACGGAGCCCGUACAUGGUGAAGGUCGGUGGCUCAAUACACCAUAAAGAUUCUAACAGGCAGAUAUAGGGCUCGAAUUGAAUGAGCGGCAAAGAAGACAGUCAUUACUACAAAUGCGGGAACAUGUGCUGAUCCAAUAUCCCAUCAUUCAAAGAGUAACAGAGAAUCGGCAGAAGAGAGAGAGAGAGAGAGGGAAACGAAGAGAGAGCAAACGGUACAAGGUACCGGUCUGAUGUAGUAAAAUACUGAAAAUACAAGAUAUUAUCAAUAACUUGUCAAUGUGUGUGUGCGUGUGUUAGUCACCAGCCAACAUUUCGACCCCUGACCUCUGCCGACUGCGCCACUGGACAUGGGUGGCAAUGGUUUCCGAUUUAUUGACAAACCGUUUGAGUUUAAUGCGAGAAGAAUUGACGGAUAGACUGGUCAUCAAUAUUUGACAUUUUCCUUUUGAUGUGACCAGCAAAGUUAU